AUGUCGUCCUACGAUGGUGGGGCCGUGGCUAGCAGCUCGUCUUCGCACUCCGCAGCAUCAACGAGUACAGCAAGUGCUCUUCCACACAGCGGGCCACUGCAACUUGCAGCUUCAGAGAUGCUCAAGCAGGAGAAGAUCAAUUCUUUAAGAUCUCAAUUGAAAAGGACCAAGAACGAUUUAAACGAGGUGGAGCGGGUGCAAAAGGCGCUCGCAGAGCUUCAAUUGCAACGCAAUGGUAUCGAUGCGGACAAGGUCGGCCACGGCAACAGUGUACUCGUGAGUGAAACCGUGCUGCCUUGCUCUGCCGGUCCGCCUCGCAUCACCACAGCUGACUCAUACUCAUCGUUCGCAAAAGACUCCACUGGGCUCGAAAGCGCUGCAAAGGCAUGUCCCAGUCUUGCAAGGCGGCGCUGGUCCACGUCUACGCAUCAAAAGAUCAGCGAUUUCUGCAGAAUCUGCAGAAGAACCAAUCGCAGCAUCGCAGGCUCUGCAAUUUCUGCAAAAUAGAAGAUCGAGCCUUGUCGAGGCGUUGAAGCGAGCAAGAGAGCAGCUGGACGCACUCGUGCUGGGCACGGAUCAAGGCGCAAGUGCAAGCUUCGAAUCACAGCAAGCUCCGCCACCGGAGUCAGUCGACGAGAAGCGUGCCCUAUCAAUAGCGAGCGGCGUAGAAGAGACCUCUGGCCAAAGCCAAGCUUCCGCCUCAGCCACUAGACUCGCCGAGCUUUUGCAGCGCCUGGGCAUCAAUCCUGACUCGGAUUCUGCAAGGGACGGGACGGACGAACAAGGUCGAGUGCUGAACGAGGAAGGUUUGCCAUUUGUGGAUCUGGUGGAGCAGGUUGGACCAGAGGACUCGACCCUGUCCCCGUCGCAAUCUACGUCGACUUUGCAGGCUGCCUCGAAUCACGCGCCUGUGCGUAGCACCUACCGGCCGCUCACUACCACGACAGCGCCAGGCAGCACACCACGAUCACGAUGGGCUGCGUCUAUAUUGGAUCGGCUGGAAGCCGAGGAAGCACAAGAAGCGCUACACCCACCUGAGGAGAAGGAGCCUGUGCACGAAGCGCACCAGAGCUUUCCCCGCGGGUUGCAGCGACAAAAAGGCAAUGCUGGUGACGCACCACAAGGACCUUUGAAUUCAUCUACUGGAUCUAGCGAAGACAGCAAAGGGGAAAGCAGGAAUGUUGAGGACCGGAUAGCAAAUACAGGUCCACCGACUCCAUCGUCUCAGAGACCGAAACCCAUCAGGUCCGCCCUCAAGCGAAGUUCUAGCGUUGGUGCCAGCGCGGAUGGCAAGGCCCCCACUAUGAUGAGAUCGCUCUCUGGACUUAGAAGAGGAUGGCUGAACCUAAAUCCAAGCAGUCCUGCAGCUGACGACGCGAAGGGCAGCUCAGAUUACAUGAGUGCAUCAACGGCGAGUCCUUUGUCUAACCCAGAUUCAGGUUCAGACCCUGCAAAGACAUCAACGAAACCCAAGAAUAGCUUUAAAUUCUUGGCUCUGAAUCCAGGAAGUCCAACGGCAAGUCCAACCUGUGGCCAGGAUGCUCUGACAGGGCCGACCCCUGGCAUCUCUGCAGCCUCGCACUCUUCAGACGAUGACGAUGUCGGAGAUAGACACGACGACCGAAUGUCACGCUCCGAGCCUGCUCUCCCUGCGCGCGUCGAGCAGAGCCCAUCCCCAUCGCAGCGUAGCGAGAAUGUCGACCGGGGCAGGGCCUCUGUUACGCCAUCCAAGAAGUCAGUAAGAAUCAAGACUCCCUCACAUUCACGCGAACGCACGCCAGGUCAAACGUCUCCAGAGCUCGUGAAGAGCAUGAGAUUCGACGAUGAUGAUUCGGUAGAACGCUCAACAGCUGCUCAGAGCCGAAAGACUAUGACGGAUGAGAAGGAGUUCAAAGGCGCGGAGGAUGAGGCUAGGAGGAUCGUAGAGCUGCUCGGGCCUGGCGUGGUCAGAGGGCACCCAUCUGCACCUGCCGACUUGGACAGGCUGGAGCAAGCGCACUUGGAAGACUCUCAAGGGGGCAUCAACGGCGCUUUGGCGUCAAGCGCCGCCAGAAUCUCGGAGGAGGCUGAACAGGCAACCAAAAAGCCUGCAAAGCCUCGUGUCAAUCCAGUUCAGCGGACCGUGAUGGAGCGGGCGCCUCGAACAAAGCCCACUGCUACACCAGUAGCGAGCUCCGACGGACCGAUCAAAAAAGAAUCUGCAUUUGCCAAGGGCUUUUUGAAUCGACCUAGCAAAGCGUUUUCUGCGUCACCUUCUUCAUCGCGCGAUGCGGCUCGUGUUGGAGCACCAGCAGGACCUUCGCAAAUCGCCGCCACUGAAACAAAUAGCGAUUCGAAGUUCGGCGAUGUCCCCCAAGCACCUAAACAGUCUUUCGGCAUGACAGCCCUUGACCGUGCCCUGCAAGCCGACGAAGACGAGCUUGCCUCUCGAGAGAAGUCAUCACUAGCAGAUGGCACCUUCUCCAAAGCGAAUUUGCUGCCUCACGCGAGACCAAGCAAGGCGUUCAAGGAAAAGAUGGAGAGGGAAGCUGAGAAGCACAAGGGCCGUGGCAAGAGAGGGGAAGAUGAGGUCUGGGACCUCAAGAGGCCGGAGGAUACAGAGGAAUACAAGGACUCGGAAGACGGCGGAGAAGGCCGUGUGAGAUUCGCAGAUAGGCCGCAAAUUGUUGGAGAAGACCCGAGCAUCCGGCCUGCGGCGUCCACCACGAAGGAGCAAUUCGUGCUCGCAAGACCCGCCAUACGGUUUGCCGAUCGAAGCGGUCGGCCAGAUGGCUCCAGCACGUCUCCAAAGCAGCUUUCUGAGAUUGAUGCGGGGGAGGACGAAGGAGGAUCCGAGCGAGAUAUCGCCUCCGAAGACGGCUCCGAGGAUCUGGUGCGCAAUUCGGAUCUGGGCUCCGAUUUUGAUGAGGAAGACAUCGAUUCGGAUUCGUCGGAGAUCGACCUUGAAGAGCUUGCGCCUACAUUGGAGAGCAUGCUGGAUGACUUUGAGUCGGCCGAGCUGGCCCGAGAGUAUGAGCUUGCCCGUGCACGCAUCAGUGCUACCAAAGCUAGACUUGGUGCGUCUGUACUGCGGGGCACUCCGACCUUAGGCAAUGACGCAGCUAGCGAUGACGACACCGACGCGGGCGACGAUGCCUACGAUGACGGAAGGGACAUUGUCAGCGCCAGACACGGAUCCACAGAAGGCCAACUCGAAGGCUCAGACGGCAAACGCAUGUCCAGGUUCAAGUCGGAAAGGUACGCAAGAGCCGCUGGAUUCACCAACGAUCGCGUUGCGCCUCACAGUCGGGAACUUAGCAUGCGUGGCAUAGCGGGAGAGAACGAGGCAGAUGCUCAAGCGGAUCAGGCAGGACACGAGUUGGCGCACUUGCUUUCCGAUGCGAGGAACGUUGGGCCGGAUGGAGCGCUGGACAUGAGCGGAUCAGGCCAAAAUCCAGUGAUGGUCUUGCCGCGCAUUGCCCCGGUGCGAUAUCCAAAGAAUGCUCGAGACCUCCUUGAUGGAUCCGCAGACGAAGAUGCGUCGUCAUUUGAAUCGGUGAAUGCGAGAGCAGCUGUGCGCAGCAGAAGAGUGGGAGCAGGAGGACCUGUCGACCUGGAAGGAGGCUCUGAAGAGGAUGAAGAAGCUGAAGAUUUGGCAGCUGUGAUGGGGGCUAGGCUAGACUUGGCGCAGCAACAGAGAGAAUCAGGAAAACUGCCCGGCACAGCGGCGCGCGGUUUCAGCACGAGAAAAGCAAGGAGCAAUGCCCAAGAUCCGCCUCUCAUUCGAAGCAAGCGCGCUGCAGCUUCUGACUUGCCAAGCUCCAAGGGGGAUGCACAAGAUGAUCAAGUCGCGAAGCCUCGGGCACCACAGAUUAUCGCAUCGAGUGCUCAGCCCGCCAUUGCAAGCCCUCUCCAUUCUGAUGCUGCGACACCUUCAGCGACAGAUGCGCAAGGAGCAGAACAACCGAAGAAGGUUUCGCGCUUCAAAGCGGCCAGGCAAGCGGCUGCGGAUUCUCGUGCCAGCUCUUGA